CCGUGGGGGUCACGUGGUGCUGAUGACAGGCGCUGGGCGGGCGGCAGAGGCAGAGCUGAAGUUGGUUUUCGCGCGAAAGCUGAACGCGGUGUGGAGGACGUAAGGCCCGGAGUCGCUCGCAGGUUGAGGAUCUUCUGGAGUUGUUACUUUCGGCUUAAGGAUGCAACGCAGUAUAAAGUCGUUUUUUCAACCCAAAGCAGAAGCUGUUACCAAGAAGGAAAAGAAAUUGGAGGAGGUUGAGAUCGAGUCUAAAGAAAGAAAGAAAUCCUGCAACAAAGAUAAAAGCACCGAGCAGCCAUUAAAAGAAAAAAAUGGUAAAUUAUCUACGAAUGGUGCAAAGUCUCCGAUAAAACGUGUGUCAAAGAAAUCAACGCGAGUUCUGACAAGUGACAGUGAAGAUGACGAAUCGAUGGAAGUUGAAGUGUCCGCUACAGAAAAAGAUAGUAAAACCACUGACGAUGCAAAGGUGGUCACAAGUGGAGAAGUUAUUAGUUCUAGUAGCAGCCAUUCCCCAGAUGCCUCCUGUCGUACUGGUUCAGCAGAUGUGCCUCCCUCCAGCAUCCCUAAACGAAAAACAGCUCGUAAGCAGAUACCAAAAAGGAAACUCGAUAGUGUGCAGGAAACACCUAGUCUGCAGAAAAAAGAGAAUGAUGUCGAAGAAAAACCUGCAAAGCGUCAACUGCAAGAAACGGCUCUAAGUGCAGUCAUGAAGACAGAGGAAAAGGAAGAGGAUGAAAAAGUUGACAGUAAAUCUUCUGAGCAGAUAAAAGAAAAAGCUCUAAGUGCAGUCAUGAAGACAGAGGAAAAGGAAGAGGAUGAAAAAGUUGACAGUAAAUCUUCUGAGCAGAUAAAAGAAAAAGCUGCAAGCCCUAAGCCUGUUAAGGUGGAACAAAAUGUAGAAAAUUCAGAAAAAAUUACUGCGGACAAGUCUCCUGCUCCAACCAAGGGACCCAAAAAUCUCGGCAGUUUCUUUGGUACCGGUAAGCAAGAGGUUUCACAGAAGGAGACAGAUUACAAUCCGUCCAAGAGUGGUUACCAUCCCGUGAAGGAUGCCUGCUGGAGCGCCGGCCAGAUUGUUCCAUACUUAGCUGUUGCACGUUCUUUUGAGAUGAUAGAAAAUGAGUCUGCUCGCUUAAAGAACAUAGAAACGCUGAGUAAUUUCCUGCGCUCUGUCAUCUGUUUGUCUCCGGGGGAGCUUCUGCCAUGUAUCUAUCUCUGUCUGAACCGCCUGGGUCCUGCCUAUGAAGGUCUUGAGCUUGGCAUUGGAGAAACCAUAUUAAUGAAAGCUGUUGCACAAGCCACAGGUCGACAAUUAGACAAAAUUAAGGCUGAAGCUCAGGAGAAGGGUGACCUAGGACUUGUUGCAGAGAGCAGCCGUGGUAAUCAGCGCACCAUGUUCACACCUCCCAAGCUCACAGUCCCCGGUGUUUUUAACAAGCUGAAAGAGAUAGCCAGGAUGUCUGGUAAUGCUGUUACGAAUAAGAAGAUUGAGAUCAUUAAAGGCUUGUUUGUUGCGUGCAGGCAUUCUGAGGCGCGAUACAUAGCUAGAGCUCUAGGAGGAAAACUUCGAAUAGGACUGGCAGAGCUGUCCGUUCUCUCAGCGAUUGCCCAAGCUGUUUCCUUAACAACACCGGAUCAAUCAUCUCCAGAUGCGGUAAUAGAUGCUUCAAAGGGUAUGAGUACAGAUGCCAAAAAAGCUUGGAUUGAAGAGAAUGCCUUGAUCUUGAAGCAGACAUACUGUGAAUUACCAAACUAUGAUUUGGUUAUUCCCGCCCUCCUGAAGCAUGGAAUCAAAGAACUUCCUCAACACUGUAAACUCACUCCAGGGGUCCCCUUAAAGCCGAUGUUGGCACACCCCACCAAGGGUGUUGGCGAAGUAUUGAAAAGGUUUGAUGAAGCUGCUUUUACUUGUGAAUAUAAGUACGAUGGAGAGCGCGCCCAGAUACAUAUACUGGAGAAUGGAGAAGUUCAUGUCUACAGCAGGAACCAAGAAAAUAAUACUACAAAAUAUCCUGAUAUAAUUGCCAGGAUCCCGCAGGUAAAGAAGGAUACAGUGAAGUCCUGUAUAUUUGACUCAGAAGCUGUUGCAUGGGACCCUCAGAAAAAGCAAAUCCAGCCAUUCCAAGUUCUAACUACACGGAAACGAAAGGAUGUUGAAGCUUCUGACAUAAAAGUCCAGGUCUGUGUGUACGCUUUCGACAUGCUUUACCUUAAUGGAGAGUCUUUGGUCAGAGAGCCAUUUUCUAAACGAAGGCAACUCCUUAGAGAAUCCUUUACCGAGCUGGAAGGACAGUUCAUGUUCGCCACAUACAUGGAUACUUCAAACACAGAUGAAAUUUCAGAAUUUCUUGAUCAAUCUAUAAAAGAUUCUUGUGAAGGUUUGAUGGUAAAAACGCUGGACCAAAAUGCAACAUAUGAAAUUGCAAAACGUUCCCAUAAUUGGUUAAAGUUGAAAAAAGACUAUUUGGAAGGUUUAGGAGACACCUUGGAUCUGGUGGUGAUUGGUGGUUACUUUGGAAAAGGAAAGCGAACGGGCAUAUAUGGAGGAUUUUUACUUGCAUCAUACGAUGAAGAAAGUGAAGAAUAUCAGACCAUAUGCAAGAUUGGAACAGGCUUUACAGAUGAAGACUUAGAAAAUCAUCACAGUUUGCUAAAGGAUCACGUGAUUGACAAUCCGAGAAGUUACUAUCGCUGGGACAGUGCUACAGAGCCAGACCAUUGGUUUGAACCUGUUCAAGUCUGGGAAGUAAAAUGUGCAGAUCUUUCGAUUUCCCCUGUUCAUAAGGCGGCUAUUGGACUGGUGGAAGAUCAAAGGGGAAUCUCCCUGCGUUUCCCUCGUUUUGUUCGUGUUAGAGAUGAUAAAAAGCCCGAAGAGGCAACAAACAGUUCUCAGGUCGCAGAACUAUACAAAAAGCAGCAGCAAAUACAAAAUGUUAAUGCGACAGAGAAAGAUGACGAUGACUUCUAUUAGAGUAGUGUUGAUAAUGUGCACUCGUACGGUGGGGUAGACUAUACACCGAAAUUGUGCUUAUUUUUUUAAUAAAGAUUUCUUUAUACAUUCAUUCAAACCAGAUCAUGUAAUGCUUUUCUCUUGGCGGGUUUCCUGUCUGUUACUGAAGUUACUACGUUGUGACUGGACCAUCAACGAGACGUUAUAUAUACAUGUGUAUAUAAUUUAUGCAUCAUUUUCUUCUAUUUGUACCUCCUACAUUGUAAGCGUUACAAAGCAAUGUUGACUGCAGCUAAGAUUCCUGAUUGUGCUCAGUUCCCGCUGGUGGGACAUGAACGCAGAUGAGUGCGUCAGUGAAAAUACAACUCUGUAAUGUACAAUUCCUUGACUUGCUGACUUCUACGUGAAAUAAACAAUACA